GGUUUCACACGUGCGCACACACACACACACACACACCUUGAUACUUUAAUGUGAAACUUAUUUUCUGAUAAAUAAUUCACAAUCCUCAUCCGUUCAGCCUCAGUGUGUUAAACGUAAGGUGGAUGACCUCUCAGAGUCGUAGACGGCGUCACAGUGUUUUAUGUUAUCUACCUGGUGUUUUUAUUGUUGCCCGUCCCUCUCCAGUCCCAGUAGGUCAACUGGUGAAUGAUUUACAAGACUAGGAUGAGCCCAGUAUAUAUUUACCGUACAGGAGGAAGUGAACCCAGACUUCUGUUUCUACUGGGCUCGUUAAUAUCAGACGCGUAAGACCAUCAUCACCACAUCGGACCAGACAUAUCCAGCUCUACACCAGUUAUCAACUCUGGACAGACCAUCAAGCGAGCAGCUGUGGAGGAGAGACGAGGUGGAGACGGAGAAGAAGGGGGAGGAGACGGAGGCUUCAUACGCAGCAGACCCCCUGUAGACCAUGACCGCAGGCCGCCCAGCGCCCCUGUCCUGAUGCAGCCCCCGGUCCACGCCCAGCUGGCGGCGUUGUGCCUCAGCCUGGUGAGCUGGACGCUGGGCGUGGCCUCUCUGGGCGUGGUGGAGUGGAGGGCGUGGCACGUGGAGGACCGCAGCGUCGUCACGUCGGGCGUGGCCGCGGUGGGCGUGUGGCGGACCUGCUUCCACAGCCAUGUGCUCGUCAGCCCCGGGCUGAGGGUCAUGUUCUGCCGCGGGAUGGGCGUGGCCGAGGGCUUCCUGCCCGAUGAGAUCACGGCGGUGCAGGUGGUGGUCCCGCUGGGCCUGGCGGUCGGGCUGGGGGGCAACGCCGCCGCCGUGGCCGCCCUGAGGGGGGUCUACGUCGGGCGGGGCUGGGGCGGGGCCCGGGCCUUCCUCUGGGCAGGGUGGCUCUGCGCGCUGUCGGCCCUGCUGUCCCUGGGGCCCCUGGCCUGGAACCUGCACUCCAUGCUGGGGAACCAAACCAUCGCCUUCCCCCCCGAGUUCCACCUGCCGACCGAGCCCGUCCGGCAGAGCCCCGGGGUGGGGGUCGUCGUGGCGACGGCGGCCGCGGUGCUGAUGCUGAUCAGCGGCAUCAUGUUCCUCUGCUACCGGCCCCCCCCGGCCCCCGCGGGCCCCACGGGGGCCCGGAGGGCGGGGCCUCGAGGCGGCGCCCUGUUGGAGGCGGGGCUAGACACCCUCCGUCUGAGGGGGUUCAGCGCCGCCACGGGGAAAGACAACGCCGGCUUUGAGCCUCACACACGCCUCUGAGACACUUAACUUAACUAAGGGGGUUCCAAAGACACUUAACUUAACUAAGGUGGUUCCCAAGGCACUUACCUUGACUAAGGUGGUUCCCAAGACACUUAACUUAAAUAAGGUGGUUCCCAAGACACUUAACUUAACUACGGUGGUGCCCAAGGCACUUAACUUAAAUAAGGUGGUUCCCAAGACACUUAACUUAACUAUGGAGGUGCCCAAGACACUUAACUUAUAAGAUGGUACCCAAGGCACUUAACUUAACUAUGGAGGUGCCCAAGACACUUAACUUAACUAUGGAGGUGCCCAAGACACUUAACUUAACUAAGGUGGUUCCCAAGACACUUAACUUAAAUAAGGUGGUUCCCAAGACACUUAACUUAACUAUGGAGGUGCCCAAGACACUUAACUUAUAAGAUGGUACCCAAGGCACUUAACUUAACUAUGGAGGUGCCCAAGACACUUAACUUAACUAUGGAGGUGCCCAAGACACUUAACUUAACUAAGGUGGUUCCCAAGACACUUAACUUAAAUAAGGUGGUUCCCAAGACACUUAACUUAACUAUGAUCACGCUGGCUUUGAGCCUCACCAACGCCUCUGAGACACUUAAAUGAUGACGUUCCCUCAGAGGGCUACUGGCUCCAGGUCUUUAUUCUUAACAUUUACAUUUGGGGUGAGAGGGGCGGCUGUGCAGAGUCCAGGGGAACUCUGAACUCUGCACAAGUGUGUCUUGAGUCUAACCGAAGCUAAAGGUGUGAAUGCAAACCUUUUAAUGCAGUCCUUUGUUUCGGAGAGAAUACGGACAGAGUUCCACCUACCUCAGGGAAGCCCGAAGGUCUCAGUGAUAGAUGGAGACCUGUGAGACCUCAUCCUAUAUCACAUUCUAUCCACCCUAUGAGCGGGCAAUGAGGGUCAGAUGAUCAGAUGAAUGGGUGAAUUCAUGUGUUCACAGUACAUCGUUGUCCUGCUCGCCUCCCACCUUAGCCUCACUAUCUUAAAUCAGAGACCCUCCUCUUCUCAGCACCACCGAGCCAUACCGCCCACCUCCCUCCUGACCCCCCCCCCCGGGUGACGGAGCCCCCAGGGGCCCGCCCGACCCCUCCGGGUUCAGCCGCCGCUGCCGCCGCGCCGCGGGCUAUGAUUAGCUUCCUUGUUUGGCUAACAGAAUGUUCUGUCUCCGCAUGGAAGUCACAUGCCCCCCCCUCCCCAGCUGCUGCUUAGCAUACAAUGGGCCCCGGGGCCUCUGAUGUGGACCCCCGCUGGCCGCUGAUAGAGAGCCCCCACGGAGACAUAAUGCCCGCAUUGUAGUGAGGGCCACAAUGGAGGCUUUCACCACCAACAAGGUGGGGGGGGUGAGUGUCAUCGAUCAGGAAACAUGAUGGACAUUAACGUGUAAACAUUAUGGACAUUAACGUGUAAACAUUAUGGACAUUAACGUGUAAACAUGAUGGACAUUAACGUGUAAACAUUAUGGACAUUAACGUGUAAACAUUAUGGACAUUAACGUGUAAACAUGAUGGACAUUAACGUGUAAACAUGAUGGACAUUAACGUGCAAACAUUAUGGACAUUAACGUGUAAACAUGAUGGACAUUAACGUGUAAACAUGAUGGACAUUAACGUGUAAACAUUAUGGACAUUAACGUUUAAACAUGAUGGACAUUAACGUUUAAACAUGAUGGACAUUAAAAUUUAAACAUGAUGUACAUUAACGUUUAGAUUUAGGGUGUUUACCAGAUGCUUUUACCCAGAGGGACUCACAAUAAGAACAUUAGUCAGAAGAAAGAGAAACAAUGAUGUAUCUCUGUGGGUACAGUAAGGAUGUUUAAAGAACCAAGUGCCAAGCACUAACAAUCACUAGGUUAACCCAUUCCCGUAUGCAACACAGAUAGGAUAAGACGCUACACAACUAAGUACUGUUUUUAGUGGUGGUGGGUAAUGUGUGGGGGCAAUCGUUAUAAAAAAGGUGUUUGUCUUUGUUAAUCGUAGGACUGCUCUUGUAUAAUCAGUAUGACAGUCGUGCUACACAGGGACUACUCCUGGUAGGCUGAUCUGGUCUGUUUAUGAAUGCCGAACUCUCUUAUCAGCAGUUACCUGCAGAUCACAGUUCAUGUUUGUCGUUUUUUAUGUGGUUCUGCCUUGCAUUGUGUUUUAUAUGUUUUUGUCAUUGUGGAGACCUGGGAAUUGAUGGACAGGUCAUCUUUCUCCACAAAUGUGAACUCGGACAGAAACAAAUUAUUGCUUAAUUUUUUGAGAGAAAUCGAUCUCUCCCAUGUUUAUGUUGAUGUUACAUUGUUCCAAUUUUUGACUCGAUUUACUAUUAUAACUAUUAUAUUACUAUACUAACUAUUAUAAAAACGGUCUGAAAAACACAAACGUACUUGUGUUCAUAAUCCAUAAUGCUAUCCUGAAGGAUAUCUGGUUAGAUUUAGAAUGAUUUCAAUAUUGGAAUUAAAUUCUAAAUAAAUUAAUGUAAAACCCUUGAUCACAACAAAUACAAUAUAUACUUUGACAUUUAUUAAUGAAAUUAUCAGCAUGUUUUACAUUUGUUUGCUAAAUGACAUUCAAGGUUUCUGAUAAAUUAUAUAUUAUGGUACAGUACAUUCAACUAUAACCUCUGGCAUCUGAUUGAAAUAUCAUCAUUAAAUAUAAUAUAUUCACCAACUGUUUUAUGUUGACGUCUAUGACAUUGUGGUCGAUUAAACAAUGACUCCUCAAA